GAACUCGCGGGUUCGGAGCCGCCAGCUGAGGUCAGAAGGAGGCGUCUGCGCCGACCGAGGCCGCCGCACGCCAGAGCCGGAGUCGGAGCCGAGGGGAGCAGGGGUCGGAGCCCGAGCCCGAACCGAGCCGAGCCGGAGCCCGAGCUAGCGGCGGAGACCGUGCCCCCGCCUCGGCCCCGCGCCGCCGCGGCCAGGCCCGGCAUGGAGGAGGAGUGCCGGGUGCUCUCCAUACAGAGCCACGUCGUCCGCGGCUACGUGGGCAACCGGGCGGCCACGUUCCCGCUGCAGGUUUUGGGAUUUGAGAUCGACGCGGUAAACUCUGUCCAGUUUUCAAACCACACAGGCUAUGCCCACUGGAAGGGCCAAGUGCUGAAUUCAGAUGAGCUGCAGGAGUUGUACGAAGGCCUGAAGCUGAACAACGUGAAUAAAUAUGACUACGUGCUCACAGGUUAUACGAGGGACAAGUCGUUCCUGGCCAUGGUGGUGGACAUUGUGCGGGAGCUGAAACAGCAGAACCCCAGGCUGGUAUACGUGUGUGAUCCAGUCUUGGGUGACAAGUGGGAUGGCGAAGGCUCGAUGUAUGUCCCGGAGGACCUCCUUCCUGUCUACAAAGAAAAAGUGGUGCCGGUUGCAGACAUUAUCACGCCCAACCAGUUUGAGGCUGAGUUACUGAGUGGCCGGAAGAUCCACAGCCAGGAGGAAGCCUUGGCGGUGAUGGACAUGCUGCACUCUAUGGGCCCCGACACCGUGGUCAUCACCAGCUCCGACCUGCCCUCCCCGCAGGGCAGCGACUACCUGAUUGUCCUGGGGAGCCAGAGGAGGAGGAAUCCCGCUGGCUCCAUGGUGAUGGAACGCAUCCGGAUGGACAUUCGCAAGGUGGACGCCGUCUUUGUGGGCACUGGGGACCUGUUUGCUGCCAUGCUCCUGGCAUGGACACACAAGCACCCCAAUAACCUCAAGGUGGCCUGUGAGAAGACCGUGUCUGCCUUGCACCACGUUCUGCAGAGGACCAUCCAGUGUGCAAAAGCCCAGGCCGGGGAAGGAGUGAAGCCCAGCCCCAUGCAGCUGGAGCUGCGGAUGGUGCAGAGCAAAAGGGAUAUCGAGGACCCGGAGAUCGUCGUCCAGGCCACGGUGCUGUGAGGGCCGCGCCGCUCACCCGUGACGCACAGCGCGUUGGUGUCUCCAUGUUUGUCCCUGUGAAAACAUGUAACGUCUGCCUUAGAGCCAUGACCGAAACUUGAUAUUUUUUUCUUUCAUGAGUGUCCGGCAUCUGCUGGUCUUCAUUGUGAAAUGUGCCAGUCGUGCUUUGUGAACAUAACAAAGCGGUCACAGAAGUUUGUGAUCUGAAAACCCAGCUCUCUUCCCCACAAGGCUCCUGGGCCUCCGGGAAGACAGGCCCCUGUUUGCCGACUCAGAGGUGUUCCAUGUGGGAGGGUGAGUGGGUGAGGCCGAGCCCGCUGCGCCUGGAGCCUCGAGUGGGCCCUGGCUGCCGCUACCACACCGGGGCCAUGUCACACGUGGACUGGGCCUGGGUGGCCUCUGUCUUUGCAUCUCUGAGAAGGAGUUGGGUGGUAACUGUUGGGGUCAGAAAGAAUUCUGCCCGAUAUCUUGACUGUCAUUCUGAUCAUAGCCUCUUUGUUCCUGCACUUGAACUUUUGUUUCUUACUUGGCUGCUCGUGUAGUCCCUGGGGAUUUCAGAUCUUAGGCUGUUGUUUCACCGUAUGGAAGGGUUGAUGUGAGCUUGCUCGAACGCACACAGGGCAGCGACAGGGACUUUCCCAGACCCCAGCAAAUUCAACGGUCCGCAGACCUCUCAGGUAUCCGCAGGACCUCCUGUAGCCCGUGGCCGUCUUCCAGGAAUCUGCUGCACGACAUGAGGAAGAUGCUAAUGCAGUAAGGUCCGUGCUGGGCCGAGAGCAGCUCUGAAGCUCCAGAGAGCCACCCCGUCAGGUUCCUUGUGGAAGCUCCCCUCAUCUAUGCUGCAGCAGACUGAGCACUGCACAUUUGCCACGUGCUGCCCGUGACAGCACAUCAAGCCACAGCGUUUGUAGACAGGACAGAAGGGUGCCCACUCCCUGCCCCUACUGGCACGGCAGUUCCCAGGCCCUUGGGCAGGCUGGGGUGGUGGCAGAGGCUACAGCACCAGCUCUGACAAGUUCCGUCAUCCUCUGCUCAGCAGUGACUUCCCUGGCCCCACUUUGCCCAGAGUUUGGGGUCCCUCCAGGUAUAGCUAUAGGCAGCAGUGCCUAUCUCUGGCCUGCCUUGAUUUCAACCACACCCCCAUAGCCCUGCACCCCACCUCUGGGGCAUGCAGAGGUUUGUGUCUCCGAGGAACCCACAGCUGGAGAGAAAUAGGGAGAUGCAGGAAGUGGGGGCCCAUGGGGCCCCUAGGAAGCAGACUCUCCAAGGGGUACCCCCACCCCACAACCUUUCCCACAGACGGGCCCCUCCCAAAGCCCACACCCUCCUGUGAGACCAUUCCAGUGUCUUCUAGAAAGACUCGCUUGCCAGGAGUGCGUUCUUUGUUGAAAAAUGCCCUAAGGUGAAAAGAGGCAGGUUUAUAUGGAACCCCCAACCCCCGUCCCCACUCUUCCCCACUCUGUUCGUUCUGAAUGUCUUCAUGAGCGUACGUCAGGGCGCCCGGCUCCCUCACCUCAACCAGUGAGUCAGACACAGGUUUCCCAGCCAUGUUUCCUGGCUUCGAGGACACGGGUGGCAGACCCCUUGCAGCCCAGGGCCACUGGUCCCUGCAGGGCGCUGCCUCACCAGCAGGAAGGAGGAAGGCUGUGGCCGGAGCCUGGCGGGGAGGCGGCCUCCCGCUGUGUGAGUGCAGGGGUCCGCCAGAGCCACCUGGGCCUCCGUAGGGCCUUCAGCUGGAAAUACUCUCACUGCCAAGUGGAGACCACGGUGUGUGCCACAUUGCCAGCCACCAGGAAAGCAUUUCUUUUUCUUUUCUUUUUUUAAACACCAAGAGCACAUACAGCACGGGGGAGAGAACCUGAAUGCCUCUUCUGUGAGCUGGUGAAAACCCAGCAUGAGAACGCAGUGUCAGGCCCCUUCUGCCCGUGCAGUGGGUGUUACGGGCGGUGUGCCCUGGCGAGCAAGCUUUGAUUCUUGGUUCUUUGAAGCUCGUUUCAGAGGCUGAGUCCCCACAUCAGCUUUAGUUCUUGGACUUCCCUAUAUUAAGCAAGAAUUAGGAGAAUGGCUGUCCCUGCAGGUGCCUCCUGUAAAUCCUGAGCUCUCUGGCGCAAUCCGAAACUUGUCCUCUGUUUUCUUUGGCUGUGUUGGCCGAGCCAGGAGAGGCCUGGGCAGUGACUAAGGAGAAAGAAAUCAGGGGUUUCUGAGAGCAGACGGUGGCUUUGCGGGUGCAGGGCUUUUGUGGAAAUUGUCAGCCUCUAUGGGAAAAGUGUCCGGCAUCCUCUCCCCAGACUGCCUGCUGUCACCACAGAGCUGCUGUUGCCUGCCUUGCCCACGGCCCAUUUCCAUCCGGGCAUGUUCGUCUCUCAUGACUUGGGCAGAGGCCCCCGGUGGUCCUGAGUUUCAGUUUCCCAUCCAGGAAGGUAACCAUGGGCAUUGGCAGUGGGUUUCCAUAUGGCUUGGAUCCAAAUUAGAAUUGAUCUUUGUUUUCACUUUCCAUAGUUAAUAACGUGGAAAAUAAUGGGAAGAAUUUACUUUAAGGUGAGAGCUGUAUUGGUCCAACAUUGCCUGCUUAUUGUCAGGGUACAGAAUUUUAAUACUUUCUUAAUCCAAUUUUUCAAAGUUCUCCUUGUAGACCAUAAGGAUGAAUUCCACGAUAGGAUCCUUUUUAAAAUCUAUUUUAAAUGGUUGUCUGGUCCUGCCGAGGUUAUUAUGUGCAUCUGCUAUUUUUUCAAUACACGUAAACAGGUACAGCGUGAUGCUUCGUUUCUUGUCCUGUUCUUAAGCUCGUUAGAGCCAGUUUUGAAACGUUUGGUCUUACGUGGACGGAGGCCGGCUUGGCUUAGCCGUGCUGAUGAGUAGGUGAGGGACGUCUCCAUCUUGAGGUCACCAGGCAAGAGAGUUGCCUGCACCAGGUGGGAGGCCAAGCUCCUGGGGUAACAGUCCUCACUGCCACCCGAGGUAAGAAAGUAAAAACGAUGUGGUUGCGCUCAGGCCUCUGUCAUGCCUGGUGUCAGAGAAGGCAGAGCCCACAGUAGGGUGCAGGGUACAAGGCCCUGGGAGGGCGCCGGCCAGGGAAGGUGGUAUAGAUGGCUCUCAGAUUGCUGGGCCCCGAGCAGCUCCCCGCCCUGCCCAUCCACCUGCCCUGGCUUCAGCCUCGUUCUCUCUUUAGUUUAACUGUGUGAAAAGAGGAGGUUGAGAGUGUUCUGGUGACUGGAGCUCUUCUCCUUGUCUUUCCUGCCUUCUGAUGGGGCCACCUGUGUCGGGGCAGCAGGGUCCAUGUUUAUGCAGAUCGGAGGUGCCCCUACCGUGUGGCCGCACUGUACUGUGCUGCCCGGGUAGCCAGGAAUCUGUCCGUCUCUCCCCUGCCGCCCGCCUGGUCUCAUGGGCCUGCUUCACACACCGCUCCCUGUGGAUUGCCUGCCUGGGCCCAGAGCAGGGGAACUGGAGUUUGUGAGUGAGCAGAGCAUGUUACGUGCAGACAGGGAAACGAGAACUUUGAACCUGGCUUUCUGAGUCCAGGGGAGAGCUGCGUGGCCCCCAACACCACUCUGCCACCAGAGGGAUGUGCCUGCUGAGCCUUUUCCUUCCACACCGCCUCUGGCUGCCAGGCCAGCGGCUUCCACUGAGACUCCCUGGAGAGCCGGCUCCCGUGUCCAUCCACCGAGCGCUCAAACGGAUGCCGAUGACCAGGGCCGACGGGGAGCCCAGAAGGACCCCAGGCCCUGGGUAGGGUGGUUCUGGGAGGCCAGGUCCACUGCCCGGAAGUCUGUCAGCCCUAAGCCAGGGAAGACUGGAGCUUGGCCUGGUGGGUCUGGGUGGACGCCACUCCCCCUCCGGACUCCCUGCACAGGGGAGGCCUGAGCCUCUGUGGCCCUGUAGCCGUGGGCAGAGCUGGGCCUGUCCUGUGUUCCUGCCUGGCAGGUGCAGGUGCUGGCCAUCUCAGGCGGAAGGAGGUGGGAAUCUUGGAUUUUUUUUUUUGAGAUGGAGUCUUGCUCUAACACCCAGGCUGAAGUACAAUGGUGCGAUCUUGGCUCACUGCAACCUCCGCCUCGCGGGUUCAAGUGAUUCUCCUGCCCCAGCCUCGCGAGUAGCUGGGAUUACAGGCGCACGCCACCACGCUUAACUGAUUUUUGUAUUUUUAGUAGAGACGGGGUUUCACCAUGUUGGCCAAGCUGGUCUCGAACUCCUGACCUCAGGUGAUCCACCCAACUCGGCCUCCCAAAGUGCUGGGAUUACAGGCGUGAGCCACCGCACCCAGCAGAAUCUUGGAAUUUUUAUAGACAGCACCUCAGUUUCUGACUCCAGCUGCGUACCUCCUGCCUCCACCAGCAGGGGUUGCCACCAGGCCAGAGCCAGGGCCGGGUCCCUGCGUCCAUCCCCCCGGUAGGAUGGACAUGAGCCAUCCUUCUAGGGGACUUUUUUCAAUGUGCGACUCCUCUCUGUUAGGUGGGAGGAGCCGGUGUGUGUGGCCUGUGCCAUGCUCAGCAGUGUGUGACUGGGCUCUGUGUGUGUCCCCUGUCCCUGCAGGGCCCAGCAGGCAUCGUAGCGUGGCAGCUGUGUCCAAGCCACUGCCCGGGCAUCCCACGACCCGCCAGGGUGCACGGUCACUCCCGCUGGGGGCUUUCUGUCGCGUGUGUGUCUCCUGUCGACUCUGCACUUCGUUCUCAGAGCAGGAUGUUUCCUGUUCUCAGUGCGUGAAGACACUGGUUUUCGAUCUGCGUCUAAAACCACUUUCCUGCCUUUCAUUGUAACACAGUGUGUUCAUUUGUUUAAAACAGCGUUUAAUGAGUAAUUUAGAUCUGACUGGUCAAUAUCUUAAAACUUUAUAUUAAUAAAAA